CUAAAGGUAAAUACCUAAAUGGAUUAAUAAUGCCAUGAAGUGAAAUAUUUGAAAUUCAAAUUUUUAAAUGGAUUACAGAUUGUUAUUAUUUAUAAAUUUAAACAAGAUCAACAAAACAAGUUAAGGUCAUGAAAUAUGGAGAAUAUUAUGAGAACUGUUUCUAUGGUGAUGUUACUGUCAACAGCAGUGAUUUCUCAGUCAUGUACAUCUCCAACAACUAGAUGUGACUGUUUCCAGAUAGAUGGGAAAACCAUAAUAAACUGUAGAUAUAAAAACUUAACAGCUAUACCAACAUUUAACAACACAAAUCAAGUGUAUGAUGAAAUCAGAUUUUCUUCAUCUGAAGAAACUGGAACAUGCCAACCAUUAACUGGUUGUAACAAUAUUCGACAGAUAGGUGCUAAUGCCUUUGCUAACUUGAAAGUAAAGAAAAUAGAUCUGUUAAACAAUCCAGUUACCUCGAUUGACAAUUAUGCAUUUGAAGGUUUAGCACCAGAAAUAGAAUCAAUAUCAUUAGAAGGAGAUGGGUCAAAUGGAAUGCCUGCCCAAGCUCUUGCUGCUCUUGAUGAACACCUUAAAACUCUACAUCUUGAAAACUAUGGUGAUACAUCCAUUGAGGCACCAAUUGUUUUUCCAUUCCCAAAUCUAGAAUCUUUGACAAUCAAAAAAUGGAAAAACCUUAAAUCUAUCAACGCAGAUAUCUUCAACGUUAUGAGAAAUUUGAAGGAACUCAAGUUAAUAUCAUUAAGAAACAUAGCUACUUUACCAGUGCCAGCUAUUCAAAAGUUUUUGAAUUUAACCUCAUUAGAUAUAAUGGAUAUUGGUAUAACAUCUAUAGAUGGAGAUUCUUUCACACCAAUGUCACUACUCAAGGACAUUAAAAUACGCAACAAUAUACAUCUGAACACAAUUGAUCAAAGAACGUUUAGUGGAGUAACAGACAGUGUGGAAUUCCUGGAAAUAGAUAAUAACAAUCUAAAUGAUAAACUAAGCCUUGAAUUUCUAAGAAAUGAAAACUGGACUGUUUUAAGUCACUUAAAUAUUGGAUAUAACUUUAAUUUAAGAGAUCUUCCAAGUGAAAUAUUUAGCAAAACACCAGCUUUAGCAUAUUUACAGUGCCAAGACAUUGGACUGACAAGUAUCAACAAAGAUAUGUUUUCUGGUCUUGUAAGUCUUCAUACACUUGAUCUGGCUUAUAAUAACAUAAGAACUGUUACACCACAAACAUUCAAAAACUCUCCAUCUUUGGUUGAACUUCGACUUCAUGAUCAGCACACUAUUGAUUAUCUAGAUAUCCAGAAUAAUGCAUUUAGUGGAAUAGAAACAUCUUUAGAGAUGCUUAGUCUCCAAAACAACAAACUUAAUGUUUCUCAAUUCUGGAUGGAUUUAUCAACACUUACGAAUUUGUUAGUUCUUGAAGUAGACAACACUGGUAUUGAAAAUAUACCUGAUAGAGCAUUCAGAAACAAUGUGAAACUAACAAAUUUACAUAUUGCUGACAAUAAGAUUACCUCUUUAAAACAAGAGACAUUUUUUGGUCCAAGAGACACUCUUCAGACUAUUAAUAUAAAUAGAAACAAAAUACAAACUGUUGAUCAAUGUACAUUGAGUGACUUUCCAGUCAGACCUAAGCUGACUUUGGUUGGAAACCCUUUAAAUUGUAAUUGUGAUUUAGCCUGGCUGUAUGAUUGGUUUAAAUUACAGAGUAACCAAGAAACAGUUGCCCGUCAGGAAAUAGGUCAAUGUGCAUCUCCAGAUUCAUUGACAAAUAAAUACUUUACAGAAUUUAAUAAAAAUGAAAUGUGUCCCACUGGAGCAACCAUCAGAAACUGUACACAUUUAUACCUGACAACAACACCAAUUCCUAAUACACCACCUCUUCCAGAAUUUGAAAUUCUUAUAAAUAAUAGGGCAUCAACUUUCAUUGAAGUGACAUGGGUAAUAAAUGACAGGACUCAUGUUACUGGUUUAAAACUAGAAAUGAUAUCAAAUUACCAAGCACCUAAAGAAGCUUACUCCGGUCUUGAUGCCAAAUCACACACAUUCUACCAAUUACGUGAAAACACUACUUUCACUUUUUGCCUUGUGCUUAAAAUUGAAAAUGAAUAUAGAGACACUCAACCAAAAUGCAAGGCAACAACAACUCUUCCACCCCUAACUGACACACCAUCUUCAACCACCACAGUGGCACCAGAGAAAAUCUCUUGGCUUGGUGUUAUAAUUGGUACAACUGUUGGAGGAGUUGUACUUGUUGUGCUUAUCAUAGCAAUUCUCUUUAAUCUUCUCGGCAGCAACAAAGCAAAUAAACAAAAAGCUUUGACUGAACCUGGCAAAAUCUCUAUGAAGGCUGAUGUUCCUCAUGCAGGUGGUACAACUGAAUAUUUUGCUAAGAAAAUUGAGGAGGGUGCAUCUCCUAAUGAUACAAGUGUAACUGUAAUCUCAAAUGGAGAUAUCAACAAUCAAAGCAGAAUUUCUGCUGGCAGUUACCAAGCUUUAAAUGAGAAAGGAGUGGAUAGUAGACCUAUGCCGUCCUAAGUUUGAUACUGACAAAGGUUAAGUUUUAAUUGUUCUACAGGCACAGCUGAGAUUGUGAAAUCCUACAUGUGUCAUAUUCAAUCAGUGCCAACUUGUGUUUUACUUGUGUUAUAAAUCUAUAUUAUGAUUUUGGAUACACAUACUUCAAAAUAAUGUAGACACUUCAAUUUUAUUAUCCAAAGAUAUGGUGCUGCAGAGGACAAUGAAAGCCUCAAGAUAUGAUAAAUGUUGGCCUUUAAAGCACGACAAAGCAUAUAUCUUAUGAUAUAAAAUAUACAUUUUCAUUAUGAGAGUUAUAAAUCGGACACAUUUAAAUGUGCAAACAACUGCAGUGUGUAUUACAAGUAUUGAAAACGUUAUACAUGCAAGGAAGCUUUCAAAGACUUAAAUUUUAAAUAGCAAUUGCAAGUUGAUACACUUUUAUAUACUGAAUAUUAAAUAAUCAAAUGUAGCUGGUUAUGAUAACAUCUGUGAUACUUUUAACAUAUCAGAAAAUUAUUUUACAUAUACAAUGUAUAUAGUUUAUCAGACUGAGUUAUGUUGGUGCUGCUUGCAUAAAAUCCUUGUAUAUAUUACUUUUACAUCUCAUGGAAACGUGUAUCAUAUAUCAUAGAACUAUUUUUAGACAUGUAUUCUGCUACCAAAGACCAAAGCAAUUUAUCAAAAAUUAUUCUAUAAAUACUUAUUACAUAUUUACAACACUACUACUGGUUAAUUUAACCACUGAAAUCCUGUGCAUGCACAAUGAUGAAAUGAACUAUUGACCUGUCAACAGUUUUAACUCUUGAACCCCUUUUGACGUCAUCGGGUUUUUCUGCUUACGCCGCCCGCCACUUCUCGGACAUCAAACGUCCCUCAGAUCAAUGCAGGGUAGUGGUUCGUCUGUAGGAUUCAGUUGUAAAUAAUUCAAACAGUUGUAAAAAUGUUCUCAGUAUGUUGUUGCAAUAUAUAUUGUAGUUUCAUUGCAAAGUAUUUGGUGAUAAAACAGGUAUUUCAUGGGUGUUACUGGUACAGUAAACUGUUGUCCCUAGGUAUCAGGGAUAACAAUUGGAACUGUUGCCGAAGGCCUCUGGUAACAAUUCCAAAUGUCAUCCCUGAUACCGAGGGACAACAGUUUUGACUGUUCCACGAACAACUAUGAAAUAACUGUAUAAUGACUGAAUCUGAUGCAUAUCCUCCUAGGUCUAGAAAAAGAUGUAAGCUUGAAUAUGUCACAUGGUGUUAACAAAUACAGAAAUUUUCUUAGUCUUUUUCAUCCUGGUAUUAAAUAAUAUAAGUAAAAUUAUCUUCAAUAAUUUUCAGAGUCACAAAAAUCUAUUGUUAACAAAUUUGAAUUGAAUAUAUUUUGAAUGACUAAAAUGCUGGUAUCAAGUAUGUCUGUCUAGGAUAUAACCUACAAGCUAGCUUACUGUUUAACCAGAUAUAAUAUUUGUAUAAAAGUAGCUUGAAAAGAUUUUGUCAUACAUGUAAAAUUUCAUGCAAAGAUUUCUUGUGUUAUAUAGCUAUAAUGUAUGUGCUAAACAGUUUUGUAUUAUAUAUCAAAUUACCGGUAAAUUUUGAGAAAAAAAUUAUAUUAUUAUCAGUCUUUAC